UUAUGAACAUGGACGCAGAAGAUUUAGAAUUGUUUAAACUAUUUAAUCAGUUUCAAAAUUCAAGCAAUUUGUUCAAUAUUCAAGCCAUAAAUAUUCUGCAGAACAGAAAUAUUCCAAAAAAACGGAUCAAAAGACAUCGUAUCAACCCAAUAGUUGAUUAUGGUCGACGCGAGUUCAAGAGAAAAUUUCGAUUUUCAAGGACCGAUGUGGAACGCCUUUAUGAUAUGCUUGACGGACGAAUUACUUUAGAACCGCAUGUAAGGUUAUUUCAUUUUUUUUAAAACUUUUCCACAUUAAAAUAAUAUAAUGAUAAUAAUAGGUACCUCGUCCAUCUUUCACUUUGUCUGGAAUGAUAAAACUCUUGAUUGAGUUGAGGUUCUAUGCCGUGGGAACAUUCUACCAAGCAAUUGCUGAUAUGUUUGGUGUCAGCAGGGGUGUAAUCCAAGCAAUCAUUUCUGAAGUUUCAUUUUUAAUAGCAACGAAGUUGAGAGAUGAUGUAAUUGUUAUGCCUGAAACGCAGCAAGACUUACUGAAUGCGAAAGUGGAUUUCAUGAGGUGGAGCGGGUUCCCUAUUUGCAUUGGGGCAGUGGAUGGGACGCAUGUAUCAAUCCAAUCAUAUGGGGGACCCGACUCCGAAGUGUACAGAAACCGUAAAAUGGUGUUUUCUCUGAAUUGUCAAUUUACUGUGUCAGCCGAUGAAAGAAUCAUCGAUGUAGUGUCUAGAUGGCCAGGAUCUGCGCACGAUUCGACAAUUUUCACUCAUUCACAACUGUAUAAUCGGCUGACUCAAGGUGAUUUCGGAAACGAUUCGGUCAUAGUUGCCGAUUCUGCUUAUCCACCGUUGUAUUUCAUAUGCAAACCAUUGGAGCAAGUCAAUGGUGUUAAUCAACAAGACUACCAAUACAAACAUUUUACUGUCAAUGUCAUGAGCCGGAAUCAGAACGAUAUAGCACUAUGA